GCACGCGUGGGUCAGCUGAUCGCGCACUGAGGGUGCGAUCCCGGGCUCCCCAUUCCUUCUUAGGGCGCCUCCCCGGCCCAGGGCCAACUGGGUCCCGGUGUCGGCAGGCCUGGGGUCGGCGACGGCUGCUCUUUUCGUUCUGUCGCCUGCCCGAUGGAAGAGCUUCCCGGGAAGCCCCUCAGCUGUGAGGAGAAGGAAAAGGUGCCAGGGGGUGCGGGAAGGGCGGACGCAGGACUCUGACCCCGCUUUCCCAGGGUUUUAGGCCCGGCUUUGUGUCCUCGGCAGUCCGAGGGCAGCAGUAUCGUCUGACCACCCCCUCCUCUUAGGGCUGAGGGGGCACAGAAAAUGAAAAUGUGGAAAUAGCGUGGUGCUCACGUGGUGGCGUUUAAAGAACAAAUUUCAUUACAGUAGCAGCGCAUUAAUACAAUGUGUAACACUUUAUAGAUAAAACUGUAUCGACACCCUUGCUCCUCCCCGCUCCCACACCCUCAAUCUUUACUUUUCCCCCCGGACGGCCUCAAGUAAAUCUUUUAAGUCUGGUACUUCCAGGUCCUUUCGUGUGUUAGUGUGGGUGGUGGAGGAGGGGCGUAUCCCUAACCACCAAAAAGGAAUCCUAUGUAUAUUUUUUGGAGAAGGGAAUGUUCAUAAAUGGUAUGAUCUGAAUGGUUCUGCAGGUUCCGUUUAGCAUUCCUGUCAGGACAUGUUUAUCUACCUUGCUUUCUUUUUUAAGUUCUAGACAGUAUGUCGUAGUUUGGAAGUGCCCUCGUUUUGUUUCUUUUUUCUUCCUUUUCUGUUUUUCUUCUUUUUUGAGACAGAGUCUCACUCUGCCACCAAUGCUGGGGUGCAGUGGCGCGAUCUCGGCUCACUGCAACCUCCGCCUCCCGGGAUCAAGCGACUGUCCUGCCUCAGCCUCCCGAGUAGCUGGGAUUACAGGAACCCGCCACUGCGCCUGGCCUUGGAAGUGCCCUUGCUUCUUUAGACUGUACUUUAUUGAUAGACUUUUAGGAUGUUUCCAGCUUGUGCUGAUGUUAUUCUUAUCCUGGCUUACCUUCUGGUGGAGUUAAAGGAGAAAUUAGCAUUCUUGAAAAGGGAAUACAGCAAGACACUAGCCCGCCUUCAGCGUGCCCAAAGAGCUGAAAAGAUUAAGCAUUCUAUUAAGAAAACAGUAGAAGAACAAGAUUGUUUGUCCCAGCAGGAGCUCUCACUGCAGCUAAACCACUCAGAACCUAAAAAUAAAAUAUGUGUUUAUGACAAGUUACACAUCAAAACCCAUCUUGAUGAAGAAACUGGAGAAAAGACAUCUACCACACUUGAUGUUGGGCCUGAGUCCUUUAACCCUGGAGGUGGCCCAGGAGGAUUACCUAUACAAAGAACAGAUGACACCCAAGAACAUUUUCCCCACAGGGUCAGUGACCCUGAUGGUGAGCAAAAGCAGAAGCUGCCAAGCAGAAGAAAGAAGCAGCAGAAGAGAACGUUUAUUUCACAGGAGAGAGACUGUGUCUUUGGCACUGAUUCGCUCAGAUUGUCUGGGAAAAGACUAAAGGAACAGGAAGAAAUCAGUAGCAAAAAUCCUGCUAGAUCACCAGUAACUGAAAUAAGAACUCACCUUUUAAGUCUUAAGUCUGAACUUCCAGAUUCUCCAGAACCAGUUACAGAAAUUAAUGAAGACAGUGUAUUAAUUCCACCAACUGCCCAACCAGAAAAAGGUGUUGAUACAUUCCUAAGAAGACCUAAUUUCACCAGGGCGACUACAGUUCCUUUACAGACUCUAUCAGAUAGCGGUAGUAGUCAGCACCUUGAACACAUUCCUCCUAAAGGUAGCAGUGAACUUACUACUCACGACCUAAAAAACAUUAGAUUUACUUCACCUGUAAGUUUGGAGGCACAAGGCAAAAAAAUGACUGUCUUUACAGAUAACCUCCUUGUAAAUGAAGCUAUAAGUAAAAGUGGCCAACUGCCCACAGGUUCUAAUUUAGAGGCAAAUAUUUCACAUUCUCUAAAUGAACUCACUCACAAUAACUUACCAGCAAAUGAAAACCAAAACUUAAAAGAACAAAAUCAAACAGAGAAAUCUUUAAAAUCUCCCAGUGACGUUCUUGAUGGCAGAAAUGAAAAUCUUCAGGAAAAUGAGAUUCUAAGUCAACCUAAGAGUCUUAGCCUGGAAGCAACCUCUCCUCUUUCUGCAGAAAAACAUUCUUGCACAAUGCUUGAAGGCCUUCUGUUUCCUGCAGAAUAUUAUGUUAGAACAACACGAAGCAUGUCCAAUUGCCAGAGGAAAGUAGCCCUGGAGGCUGUCAUUCAGAGUCAUUUGGAUGUCAAGAAAAAAGGGUUUAAAAAUAAAAAUAAGGAUGCAAGUAAAAAUUUAAACCUUUCCAAUGAGGAAACUGACCAAAGUGAAAUUAGGAUGUCUGGCACAUGCACAGGACAACCAAGUUCAAGAACCUCUCAGAAACUUCUCUCAUUAACUAAAGUCAGCUCUCCCGCUGGGCCCACUGAAGAUAAUGACUUGUCUAGGAAGGCAGUUGCCCAGGCACCUGGUAGAAGAUACAAAGGAAAAAGAAAAUCAGCCUGCACCCCAGCAUCAGAUCAUUGUGAACCACUUUUGCCAAGUUCCAGCCCAUUGGUUGUUAACAGGUCCAAGGAGGAAGUCACCUCGCACAAAUAUCAGCACGAAAAAUUCCUUAUUCGAGUGAAAGGGAAGAAAAGUCGUCAUCAAAAAGAGGAUUCCCUUUCUUGGAGUAACAGUGCUUAUUUAUCCUUGGAUGAUGAUGCUUUCACGGCUCCAUUUCAUAGGGAUGGAAUGCUGAGUUUAAAGCAACUACUGUCUUUUCUCAGUAUCACAGACUUUCAGUUACCUGAUGAAGACUUUGGACCUCUUAAGCUUGAAAAACUGAAGUCCUGCUCAGAAAAACCAGUGGAGCCCUUUGAAUCAAAAAUGUUUGGAGAGAGACAUCUUAAAGAGGGAAACUGUAUUUUUCCAGAGGAACUGAGUCCUAAACGCAUGGAUACAGAAGUGGAGGACUUAGAAGAAGAUCUUAUUGUUCUACCAGGAAAAUCACAUCCCAAAAGGCCAAACCCACAAAGCCAGCAUACAAAGACGGGCCUUUCUUCAUCCAUAUUACUUUAUACUCCUUUAAAUACGGUUGUGCCUGAUGAUAAUGACAGGCCUACCACAGACAUGUGUUCACCUGCUUUCCCCAUCUUAGGUACUACUCCAGCCUUUGGCCCUCAAGGCUCCUAUGAAAAAGCAUCUACAGAGGUUGCUGGACGAACUUGCUGCACACCCCAGCUUGCUCAUUUGAAAGACUCAGUCUGUCUUGCCAGUGAUACUAAACAAUUCGACAGUUCAGGCAGCCCAGCAAAAGCACACACCACCCUGCAAGUGUCAGGCAGGCAAGGACAACCUACCUGUGACUGUGACUCUGUCCCGCCAGGAACACCUCCACCCAUUGAGUCAUUCACUUUUAAAGAAAAUCAGCUCGGUAGAAACACAUGCCAGGAGUUGCAUAAACAUUCCAUCGAACAGACUGAAACAGCAGAGCUUCCUGCUUCUGAUAGCAUAAACCCAGGCAACCUACAGUUGGUUUCAAAGUUAAAGAAUCCUUCAGGUUCCUGUUCCGUAGAUGUGAGUGCCAUGUUUUGGGAAAGAGCCGGUUGUAAAGAGCCAUGUAUCAUAACUGCUUGCGAAGAUGUAGUUUCUCUUUGGAAAGCUCUGGAUGCUUGGCAGUGGGAAAAACUUUGUACCUGGCACUUCACAGAGGUUCCAGUAUUACAGAUAGUUCCAGUGCCUGAUGUGUAUAAUCUCGUGUGUGUAGCUUUGGGAAAUUUGGAAAUCAGAGAGAUCAGGGCAUUGUUUUGUUCCUCUGAUGAUGAAAGUGAAAAGCAAGUACUACUGAAGUCUGGAAAUAUAAAAGCUGUGCUUGGCCUGACAAAGAGGAGGCUAGUUAGUAGCAGUGGGACCCUUUCUGAUCAACAAGUAGAAGUCAUGACGUUUGCAGAAGAUGGAGGAGGCAAAGAAAACCAAUUUUUGAUGCCCCCUGAGGAGACUAUACUAACUUUUGCUGAGGUCCAAGGGAUGCAAGAAGCUCUGCUUGGUACUACUAUUAUGAACAACAUUGUUAUUUGGAAUUUAAAAACUGGCCAACUCCUGAAAAAGAUGCACAUUGAUGAUUCUUACCAAGCUUCAGUCUGUCACAAAGCCUAUUCUGAAAUGGGGCUUCUCUUUAUUGUCCUGAGUCAUCCCUGUGCCAAAGAGAGUGAGUCGUUGCGAAGCCCUGUGUUUCAGCUGAUUGUGAUUAACCCUAAGACGACUCUCAGCGUGGGUGUGAUGCUGUACUGUCUUCCUCCAGGGCAGGCUGGCAGGUUCCUGGAAGGUGAUGUGAAAGAUCACUGUGCAGCAGCAAUCUUGACUUCUGGAACAAUUGCCAUUUGGGACUUACUUCUUGGUCAGUGUACUGCCCUCCUCCCACCUAUCUCUGACCAACAUUGGUCUUUUGUGAAAUGGUCAGGUACAGACUCUCAUUUGCUGGCUGGACAAAAAGAUGGAAAUAUAUUUGUAUACCACUAUUCAUAAGUUAGGGUAAAUUGAAAACACAAUUUUCUGGAUAUAUUGGGCCUCUUAGUAUUUUUUGGAGUUUUAAAUAUAAAGGAGAAUAUCUGAAUGACAUUUAAAAUAAUUACUUGUAUAUGUCCAGAAAGACUGAUUUUUUUAUUCUGAUGAUGGUGGCACCACUGAUCUUGGAUGUACAUUUAUGUUUACUUUGAGAAAAAGGGUUUUAGGUUGAUUUUUGUAAUUUCCCACAUUUGUACAUGUGCUUUUAAAGGUGUACAUAAAGCUUCAAAUGGCAAUAAAUAUUUAUUUUUAUACAUUC